GCUAUACAGAUAACUUAGUAUAGCUGCGUUGACUCUGACUGCUCAUUUCAGUCUUUUCCUGAUAGAUAACCAGCUGAAGGAAAGGAACGUGCCAUUUAUAUAGAAACAACUUUCUUGUCUUACUAUCAAACAGGAAGAGCUAUGUCACCGUUUCUACGAAUAAGUCUCUCCAAUUUCGAAGUUGGGCCAUACCUGCCACCUAAUGGGGAAGUCAUGCAGAGACCCUACUGUGCCGUUAUAGUCAAAGAAGCUGUUGAGACAGAAACAGGGAAGGUUUAUGUACAGCAGAAGCCAACUAUGUACCCACUUUGGGAGAGCACAUUUGAUGCUCACAUUAACAAAGGGAGAGUUAUGCAUAUAAUUGUGGAAGGAAGGACUACAGGGAUGGUAUCAGAGACCACAAUUGAACUAUUUUCUCUGGCUGAACGAUGCAAGAAAAAUAAUGGCAAGAUGGAGAUAUGGAUAGAACUUAAACCACAAGGUAGAAUGAUAAUGAAUGCAAAGUAUUUCCUGGAACAAACAGAUCCAAAAGGACAUUAUGACUCAGACUCAGAAAGCCAAUUUGCUUUACAUCAGCGUCGUGGAGCCAUUAAACAGGCCAAGGUUCAUAACGUCAAGAGUCAUGAGUUUUUAGCUACUUUCUUCCCACAGCCAACGUUUUGCUCCGUUUGUCAUGAAUUUGUAUGGGGGCUAAACAAGCAAGGAUACCAAUGCAGACAGUGCAAUGCGGCUAUUCAUAAAAAAUGCAUUGACAAAGUCAUUGCAAAAUGCACAGGCUCUGCAGUCAACAGCAAAGAAACUGUGCUCAACAAAGAGAGAUUUAAGAUAGACAUGCCGCACAGAUUUAAAGUGUAUAGUUAUAAAAGUCCGACUUUCUGUGAACACUGCGGGACUCUUCUCUGGGGCUUGGCAAAGCAAGGAUUAAAGUGUGCAGAAUGUGGUAUGAAUGUUCAUCACAAGUGUGAAAAUAAAGUAGCCAACCUAUGUGGGGUUAAUCAGAAGUUGAUGGCAGAAGCACUGGCAAUGAUAGAGAGCACACAACAGGAUAGGAAACAGAGAGAAUCUGAACACAUCUACCGAGAAGGGCCCAUUGAAGUUGGUCACAGAAGCACAUUACAAGAACAAACUGUGAAGAAAGAGUCUCAAGGCAUUUCUUGGGAGUCACCAGUAGAAGAGACUAAAUGUGCAGAAACUACAGCCAGUCUGGCACUGAAGAUAGAAGAACCAUGCAGUCACAUGAAACUGACAUUUGAUGACUUUGUCCUGCAUAAAAUGCUUGGCAAGGGAAGCUUUGGAAAGGUCUUCCUCACAGAACUGAAGGAGACCAACCAGUUCUUUGCAAUGAAAGUUCUGAAGAAAGAUGUAGUUCUCAUGGAUGAUGACGUUGAAUGCACAAUGGUAGAGAAAAGAGUCCUUUCUCUCGCUUGGGAACACCCUUUCCUGACACACCUGUACUGUACAUUUCAAACAAAGGAGAACCUAUUUUUUGUCAUGGAAUAUCUCAACGGAGGCGAUCUAAUGUUUCAUAUACAGAGCUGUCAUAAGUUUGAUCUUGGCUUAGCUACAUUCUAUGCAGCUGAAAUUGUGUGUGGUCUCCAGUUCCUUCAUUCCAAAGGAGUAGUAUACAGGACUUGAAAGUUAGAUAAUGUACUCUUGGAUAUGGAAUGCCACAUAAAGAUAGCAGAUUUUGGAAUGUGUAAGGAAAAUAUGUUUGGAGAUGCAAAAACAAGUACAUUCUGUGGGACUCCUGACUACAUUGCUCCAGAGAUUUUACUGGGACAGAAAUACAGCUAUUCAGUUUGACUGUGGUCAUUUGGUCUUCUCUAUGAAAUGUUAAUUGGCCAAUCUCCAUUCCGUGGUAUGGGAGAACAGUUAUUUCAGUCUAUACGCAUGGAUGACCCAGUGUAUCCCCGUUUUCUUAGUAAAGAGGCUAAAGAUAUACUGGUCAUGCUCUUUGUCAGAGAACCAGAAAGAAGACUUGGAAUCAAAGGCAACAUUCGUCAGCACUGCUUCUUCCUAAAGAUAGACUGGGAGAGACUGGAAAAGAGGGAAAUGGAGCCACCAUUUAAACCUAAAGUGAAAUCUGCAAAUGACUGCAGCAACUUUGACAAAGAAUUUUUGAUUGAGAGAGCCAGAAUUUCAAGUUCAGACAGAACAUUGAUCAAUAGCAUGGACCAGAAUAUGUUCAACAACUUUUCAUAUGUGAAUCCAAAAAUGGAGGCAAUUGUCUGCUGAGAUGAUGUAAUUUCCAAAUGAUAAUACAUUUUAAAUGAAUUUGCAAGAAAGCAUUUCUGUCCCCAAAGAAAAACUGGAAAAAAACUCAUAUUCUGCUAGGUGUACUGGACGUCACAUAACAUUGUGAGCCUGCCUUCAGAAAUCCCAUUUUUUAUGAAAGGCUAAUAGAUGAGUGUUAGAUAGUAGAAAAUAAACUGUAUUGAUUGUAUGCUGAUCAUCUGGAGACAAUCUAAAGUGUGUAGGGAGCCCCCGACUCAACCCAACAGAUGAUCGGGGAGAAGGAUCGGGUAUAUCAAUGUAUCACUGAAGUUUCUGGCAUUCGCUUUUUCUUUUCUCCCAGUGAAAACACAUACAUGUUCUACCAAGCCGAUCAAGUAUGUCUAUGGAGCAGUAGGAAGAGAUACAGUAGCUGUCGGUUGAAAUAGCAUUUUAGCUAUUGGAAGGUGUUUGGGCAGCUGUAGCAGUGAAGGGAUGCAGAUGUGUAAAUAGUUAUCAAUAUGCUAUUUGUCUAUUCAUCUUUCUGUGAAUGUGUUUGUAAAUUAAUAGAAAAGAUACAUGCACUCUAAAAGUCUCCUCAACAUAGUGUUUCAUGUUAAUGUUUUAGUAAUUGUGAUAUUAUAUUAAAUGCAUUUAAUCUUUUGCACCAUAUACCUCAUGCUAUCUACAUAGGAAAUCCUA